AUGUCGUUGUCGGUACCGCAGAACGGAGUGAAGGCGGACAACGAGCCCGUUAUCGAGCUGUUCGUGAAGGUAAGACUGCAACAGAAUUAGUUUUGGAGAAAAAAAAGUUUUUACAUUUGGAGUUUCUUUGUUACUCUGACUAAACCAAUAUGAGUGAGCGGUGAUGAUGUGGGAAUCAGGACCAUAAUUAUGUCCGAUUUAGAAAUGGAAUAUAUUCUGGACACGCAUGAACAUUGUAUUUCAACAAAGCUAUGGCCAAUAGCGAUAACCUUGCACUGAUGUUAAACCCGUAUGGUUUCCUACAUUGGUUGAAAGGAUUAUCUCGGUCGUCUUUGGGGAAAUAGGUUGGGAUUCUCAACCCUCCACGUUACUCUGACCAUGUGUAGCCCGCAGUGUGACACGCAGGGCGGAUACUGGAGUGUGGUGAGGGGAGCGACUGCCAUGCUGGAACGAUGGGGGCUAAUUCGCUAACAAAAGCCCUGUAGCGUGAAUGUGGUCUGCAGCAGCCACUUUUAUACAUCUAACAAUUUCCCCUCUUUGCCAUUGCCUUUUUGAUACGUGUGAACUAAUUUGUAUAACACUAAGUAUCCCAAAAAUGACGGAUUAUGGCUCUACAGGACGUUUCAAUGUUAAGUUUCAUUCUUGGAUAUCCGUUUAGUCUGAGAUACCUGAGAGUUUAUUGCGAUGGACAGUUUUCAGUCAAACACAUUUACACUAUUGGACAAUGAGGGAGAUUAGGCGAUUAGUACCCUAAGGGAGUGCUUUUUUUUGUUGUGAGUUGUGUCGUUUUUGUCGUUUCCUUUAAGCACAGCUUAGCUUUUCGAUACUGUGAUUGAUUAAGAAGCUUAAUAGUUGGACCUUGCAGGAAGCCUUUAUUUUUUAAGUUCUACAAAUCUCUAUCAAACGACCCCUGUCCCAGCAGUAAUAAUGUGAAAGUUUGAAGGGUCUCGAAAGGCUGUUUGCCCCUCUUCUUUUGCCUGUUCUCCAGGCGGGAAAAUGGCAGAGAGGGGAAAAAAGGGGGGGCUUUGGGGGUCCUCCUUUGACAAGCAGAGGGUGUGUGAUGGCGUCACUGGCUGGGACAUGAGGCAAGGUUAUAGUUAAGGGGAGAAAAAACCUGCACGCACGAUAUGUAGUAUAGACUAGAUUUGUAUUCCUUAAAUCAAAUCUUGAAUUUGUUCCAUUUAGUACUUUAUGUCCAUUCUGACCUGUUACAGCCAGCUCAGAGUGAGGUUUUGUAUUCAGGUACUGUAGCUAGGGCUGGGCGAUAAAACAAUUAUGAUAUAUAUCGAAAAUUAAUUUCCCUCGAUAUCAAUGUAAAACAUAGUCAAUAUGCUUUUCAAUAGUCGGCUUCUGCCUUGUUUUGGUAGACUAUAAGAAUAGCCAAUGAAAAGGGGAGUUGCUCCGGGUCCGUUUCGUGCUGAACCAAUCAUGUGCUGAAUUAGAACCAAGUAGCAAACAACUGCGUAGUAGCAGGCAGCAGCUACACGCAAUCAAUCAUAACACGCAAAGCCGACAGCACUGUUGGGGAGAAAAAAAGAUAAUGAGUGUUACCCCCAGCAGAAAUGCAGACGACGGCUUAACAGAUGACGAUAUCGUCAACAACAUUGGCACGAAAACGUCAGUAGUGUGGAGGUAUUAUGUUUUUUUGAGGUCGGACAUGAAGCAGAGUACAUGUUCUCGCAAAGUCGGGGGAUACCUCAAAUCUUUUUCACCACCUGACAUGGCAGAGCAUGCACAAUUCUAAAGAUUACAAACUUCGAGCGGAGCAAGGAGCCCAUGGCGCCUGUGCAGCCGAAACAGCUGACCAUUCAGUCUGCUCUCUUUAGCGCAAUGCCUUACAACAAAACGUCAAAGAGACACAAAGACCUCACAGAUGCAGGAGCUUAUUGUACUGCAAAACACAUGCUACCAAUAAGCACUGUUAAAUUUCAUCUUUUAUAUUGUGAUAUAUAUUGAUAUCAACUGAUGUAAAAAAAAAAAAAAAUAUAUAUAUAUAUAUAUAUAUAUAUCGUGAUAAACUUUUCCCAUAUCGCCCAGCCCUAACUGUAGCUAUAAAUUGGGGUGACUUUUCUGUUACUUUUUUUUUACAGAUUUAACAGGAACACAAACACUCCUGUCUGACUUUUCAGGGAUAGGGUAUAGUCGCAUGGUAUUGAUGAAGCUAAGAAGCGGGCCCCUUGCGUAGAAGAGGCAGGGUUAAUGGAAACUAACUCUGAACCAUUUCGAAGUCUACGGCCUAAAGGAGAGGUUACAUCAUUCCCUGGCCUGGAAAGGUUAUACAUGUGGCCAACUCGUCCUCUUUCACUCCUCCGUCCUUGGUCUGCCUGUGUAGCCUGUUGUGUACAGAACAGGCACUUCUUCCACUGUGACUUUAGCCUAGUGUGCUGUCUUAACAACUUCCACAGCUCUGUGUUAUGUGCUAGUGUCGGACAUGUCUACAUCUAUUAUUGAUGCUGCUGUUCUCACCCUGCUGCAGUAAACACAGUCAUGGGAGACAAUGAAAAGCACACAGGUUGCCAUUGGCGCAUGCUGUGAGCCAGGCCUCUGGAAACAGCUGAUAACAAACUGUGUGAGCUCUCCACUCACAACAGUGUUAGAUCUGCCGAGGCACUGCUACCCAUCAAUGCUGACUUAUUGUUUUACCUAGAAUGCUAGUUAACAGUGUUUGAAUGUUCAGACUAAGCAAUUUUACCCCACUAGAUUAUAGCUGACUGGUCCAGUUCAGAGAUUCUUUGAUUAUGCAACUUGACAGACCUGGGUGGUUUUUUAGCAGCUGUUUUCACGUUGCCAUGGACAACGGUCAUCCUCAAGGCAGGGCAUGGAUGUUAGGUUUGUCUGUCGGCUUUACUGCUGUCAUUUGCAAAUGAACAUGGUGUAAUGGCUUUGAAAUAGGGAGGAUGGACCUUUGACCUCAUAACUGCACAGCAGUUUAGAUAUUGUUUUGCUGAUAUGAGAGGUAUUUUGUGCCAGUGUGGUGUACAGGAUGACUUCUACGCAUCCACCCCUUUACUGUUCGACUACUUUGUAACAAACGUGUUAGAGCUGAGGCAGUAAUAUGAAAACCUAAAUCUACUGUAUUUAUGUUCUUUGAUGGUAGAGGGCGUAUCACUGUUUAUAAAGCAAGAAAGAUUACAGAGAGCAAAUGCAUAUAAUGACAUUGAUUUAGAGUUGAAUAUUAUAAAUGUCCUUAUCCACUCUUUUCCUUUUUGUUAAGUCUUGUUUCGUGUAAAUAUGUCAUACAAACUUGAAGCUGUUCGGACAUUAGAGGUUGUCUACUUCUAAUAUCUCCAGAUGAUACUGUAUUUUCCUAUCACUAGCAAAAUUAUCAGGUUUUGUUUCGUUUUUGAUUUAGUUUCACAGUUUUUACUAUUCCACUCUAAAUUCAUUCAGACAUGCCAGUGAGUCAUCCAUGCCGGAGUGUGACCUGACUGUACUGUGGUGAACAGAAUGUAAAUGAGUCUAGAGGAACAGGCAGGCUUUAUCUCUACUCGUGUUUGCAUCUAUUGGCUGCAAGUGUGCCAAGAUCACACCACUGGUUGUGAAGCCUUGUGCUGCUUCCAGACUUCAAUGCUGCAGCCAGCAGCAACAGCAGAGCCAUUGGGCAUGUUUGAGAAGUGCUCUUGAGUCUGGUUGGCAUGAGAGCCUGUCUAUGUUUAUGUUAGUUCCUCAGGACAAUACCGUAGAAACCAUGGUGACGGAAUGCAAGAGAGAUGCAAGAGAGAGACCAGGACUUGCAUUGUCUUCUAUCUUACAAAUAUGUAGAAGCAGUUAUCAGUGCACAACAAAAGGCCUUUUCAGGUUUUAAUCUUUUUAGAAAUUAUGUUUCAGUCUGUGUAUUCCUCCAUAUAUUUUGGUGUACCAGGCUCUGGGUCUUCUAAGUCCACUCAAAAGGCUUAUUUCAUAUUGCGCUAUCAGUGGCAACAUGUGACUUAUGCCUUGUGAUUGGCUGUUUAAUGAAACACAAUGACCUUGUUCAACACUGAGACUGCUUCAGUCAAGGCUGCUGCUCGAAAUUACAUACAUGGUUGGAGUAAACAUGGGUAACUAGUGUACACCACAGUUGUUUAAAGGGUUAUCCCCUGUGGCAGAUGGUCAACAAAGGUUUGUAUUGAAUUGGUCCAGUUUCUGUUUAGUUCAAGAAUAAUAAGUCAAUAAAGUAGUUUAUUUCCUGCAAGCAAAUAGCAUUGCUGCUGUUGGCAUGAAACUUUGGGGUACAAUAGUUGAUAGGUUGUUGCAGACCUCUUUGCUGUUUUUUUCACUGCAGGGUUAAUUUGCCUCUCAGUCUCUGACCUGAUCACUCUGGCAGUUUUGUUACAAUCUGAAGAGGGGUUCUCCUGUUUUUUUUUGGAAAAAGUGUUUUGAAAAGUCGGUUUGCGUUUGAAAUGUGUAGCCUGGCUUGCUGUGUAUUGUGCUGUCCAGCUUAGUGCAAUGUGUCUCAAAAAGGAAGAGCUUGUCUCAUUUGUGCUAAUUGCUAAUGAGGUAUUUACCCUACAUGCCCAAGAAAAGGAUUUAUCGCCACUCCUGAACAACAUGGAUCAGGGGAUGUAGAGAUUUAAUCAUUCAAAUCAUAUAAACAGCUUCUUUUUGGUUGUUGUUUUUUUUCUUUUUUUACUACAGAUGACUGCAUCUGUUUUAACCCACAGAUCAGAACACAGAAGAAAACAAGUCUUUCUUUUCCUCUGCCUUUUGUUACUUCAUCUUCAUUGCCAGAAAAGCAGCAUGAUACCUUUUUAAAGGGGCAGGAUUUCUCCAGUUGCCUCACUUGUAACUCAAUCAGUCUCAACAUGAUACAGUCUGCUUGUGUUUCUCGUGCUGUGCUCAAAGUGUAUGUAAUCCAAAGAGUGUUGCUAUCUGUCUUUUAAAGGUGGGCUGACAAGCACUUUUCUGAAAUAAUCAUCGCUCCAUUAAGAUGCGCUGAGUGCUCCAAAUGUCAAUCUAGGCUUAAAUUCUUCACAUCUUCAUCUGGGGACCAAAGAGCUAAAAAUGAAGAUUUCAAACUUAGUUUACUAUGCCCGUUGAUAUAAUAUAAUAUAAUCUGGAUAAAUCAUGCCUUUCCAGAAGUGUGUUUAGACUUUAUCAUUUAUAUGUAAGACUUGAUUCUGAAAAAGAUACUAUAUAUGUAAAACUAGAUCAAAGUGAAGAGUGGCAAGCAGAUAGUCUGCUUGGAAUCGCAGAUGAGGCCAGUGUUAGCGUGGCCACAGUGCAGGCAUUUGCUGCCAUGACUAUCUGCCAUAUGUGUUGUAACAGCAUACUGGUAUUGUGUUGGUGCCAAAGGCUGGCUCACAGCUGUCUACCAGCCAUUUGUCUGCAGGGGUCAUUUGGGUCAGAUAUGAAUGUUUUUAGUCCUGUACAGGAUUUUAAUAUGUUUUUGUAAAUGAGUGUGGACUAGUCUUAAUGUUUGCUUCUGUACAAAUGUGAGGGAAAACAAGUGUCGAUGUUGUAUAUAAUGAAUGCAAAUAGUCUGCUCUAGUCAUCCAUCUCAGGGUGACUCCCACAUGACUGUGUGCUCAUCUUUUCCAUCAUUUUGGAUCGGUAUUAAAUGUCACCAAACAGCUGUCUUGUUCCUUUUGAGAAUCCUGAAAUAGGUUUUUUUCUUAUCUGUGCUUCACUGAGGCUUAAUUUAUUAUUUUAAUAUGAUUAAGUUCACGUAUUAUUGCUGUAUCACCAUUACACAAACACACUUUUUUUUUUCGGCCUCAGUCUCCAACUUUCCACAGAAGCUGGAGGCUCUCCACGGCCCUUGUGCGCUAACACAGAAGGCCUGUGUCUAACUGGAAGUCUUAAUGUUUCCACAGACUGAAGUCAGCCUGAGUCAGAGCCACACCAGGGAUGUGAUGGCAUUUCCAUUUUCUGGUUAGAUCUGACUCCUCUGUACACUCAUCUGUCUGAAGCUGGUUACACGCUGCAACUCAACUCUUAUUACACACACCCAGUCUAGCAUGGGGCAUAGAGUCUUAGUGCUACUUUGGCUAUGGUCAACAUCUACUCUGUAAACUGAAGGCUGGCAUUAGAUGUCUUCUUGACUUAUACUCUUAGAUAGUUUUUGUUUGUCCUGUAUGCGACUGUGUAAAUGUCAGUAAUUUGAUGAUUUGAUUUGUUGGAUUAAAACAAGGGUUUGGAGUUGUGAGAUUUCUAGCUGGUAGUCUGACAUACCAAGUAAUUGAGUUGUCCGGCUAUAAAACUUUAAUUAUGUUUAAGCAGCUUGAGUGAUAGCCUGAACAAACUCCCUUUUUUUAUACUUCUGACAAGUAGGAAAUGCCCAGGUAAUUCUAUCUUGGUAAACUGGCUUGCUGUGAGUUUGUCUGUGUUGGUAUGGUUACAAUCCCAACCCUCGCCCAGUCUGUGUGCUUGUCCGGCUAACAGGGAGAGGCGUUGCUAUGAGGUUACCAUGACUGCCUGCUUUCAAACGGACAUUCCUGCUGUGUGUCAUGGCAGAAGGAGGGGAGCUGCUUGAUACAUUGUUAGUUCCUUAUUCGGUCAAAGUGUGGCUUGAACUCGCUAAGCAGCAGCCCACCCAAUUUAGAAAAUGAAGUGUGUUGGGGAGGGGAAGGAGCAGGCCUCCAUGAUUCUAAAAUUAGACCGUGAGCUGAGACUGGGAGGACCGUGUCCAGUCAGAACAGCAUCCAUUGUCCCUCAGUACUGACUGUUUUAACUGUAAAUCCACAACACCAGGCAACAUCAAGGAAAACUGUAUCUUAGAUAUUAAUGAGAGUAUGUAUAAAGUGGUGAAGCUUGAUAUGAUUUCCUAGUGAGUAAUUUUGCUUCAACAUUAUACAUACUAGUGCUGGGCGAUAGGACGAUAGAUAUCGUGGGCACGAUAGAAAAUGUCUAUCGUGCCAUUUCUAUUUUUAUCGUUUCGGGCGAUAGGCUGUAUUUUAUCCAUAGGGCUUGUGCCAUCAGAUGAUUCAUAGUAACAACAACAAUAAUUGCACAUUCAGUAAGUGUAUUUGGUGUCAAACGGGAAAGAAAACAAUAUUUUCUUACAAAGAAAAGGAUGCUUUGACAUGUAGGCUCGCAUUUCUCUUUCGAUUUUACGACAUGACGCCGCUUUACGUGCCCUCUUCGUGUCCAGCGUCUCCCGCCGUUGCGGGUUACCUGGGUUACACACGUGAGGGGAUCAUUGUAAGCAGUGCUUAAUUUGUGCCGGAGCAAGUCGGAGUGCGCUCCGGGACCUCUUUUGAUCGGAUCCGGGACCUAUUUCAGCCGCUCCGGCACCUGUUUCAUCUGCUCCGGGACCUUCCCUGUAGAGGAUGACGUUUGUCGGGAAUUCCCGUGGGUCACGUGAUUCCCGCGGGAAUCCCACGGAAUGGGAGUCAUUUUUUUAUUAAUCCCUUGAUCGGGAUGGGACGGGAAAAAAAGCAACGGGAGUGGGCAGGAGCGGGAACAACAUUAAUAGAUGAUAAUUUUCAGCCGUGUUAAACAACCAGAUGAACAGGUGCGUCCAUUUUUGUAGUCAUCUCUCAGUGAGAGCCAACACUCUUGACCGCGCUAGCAACACAAAAGAACUACAACAGUGGUUUGACUUCCUGUCAGCUGGGAGCGCGGCUGCGCAUUUCUACCCUUCGAGCCAGGGGCGGGGAAACGUAAUUUUGUGACAUUCUGUAGUUUUUCAAUCAAUUCUGGAGUCGUGGCGAAUCAAAUCACCUUACCUGACUGCCCCUGAUAGAUGAAUAAAGCGCUCGAAUUCAUGCUCGGGUCUUGCUACGUGCUUCAAGAGUAAAGUAAACAAUGAUGGAGGCAGAGAGCAGCUUUGGAGGAGAAACAUCCAGCAGUGUGAACAACCUCUUCAAAAGAGCCCUAAAGACCUACCUUUUUAAUGAAGCCUUAGGUUAGCUUUCCUUUAUUCUUUUACUACCUUGCCUCUUACAUUGCAACUCUUUUAUUCGUUUAUGCCUUUUUUUAUGCCAAUCUGUGACUGUCAUUCUAUUGCUUUUUUUAUUGUUGCUGCUCUUUUUUUACUGUGUACUGUAGCACUUUGAGAUUUUUUGUAAAUGUAAAGUGCAUUACAAAUUAAAUUUAUUAUUAUUAUUAUUAUGGAGUGCUUUGGCUCACACUAUCGGCGUUUUCUGUGAGUGUUGCAUAACUUUGGGUGAGCACAGACAUGAACGCACUUCAGCCACGUAUUUAUUUAUUCAUUUUUCUAGUUUUAAGCGCUGGUCUUGUACUGGCACUGUACUAGGGCAGCUGUAUACACUUUAAUUUUUCAUAGAACUGAAAGCAUACCAUAGCUAUAUCGUGAUAUAUAUCGUUACCGUGAUAUAAAAUGAUCCAUAUCGUGAUAUACAUUUUUUUCCAUAUCGCCCAGCACUAAUACAUACUUACUACUACUCAACUUUUUAUAUAGACUCUUUUAGCAGUGACCCAAGUUAAGACUGCUGAUGCAUAAUGUUACAAGCACAGUAUCAAAAUUCAAAAAGUCAGUAAGAGGUAUUGGCAGAUGUGAACAUUUCUGAUGCCAGUAUUUAUCAAUAGACAAAAAUUGAUGCAUCAAAUAUGUGCAUGCAAUAACAGCUCGUAGGGAAGUAUCUGUAAGUAUCAGGAACAUAGCAGACACAUUACUGUGUCUAUGUGUAAAGAAAGUGUGAAUUUUCUGUAGAAUCAGGUGUUUUGGUUGUUUUUAAUUUCUGUUUCUGAACCAAAUAGAAUAUCACAAGAAGAGUAGCAGGUAAACUCUAUUACAGGAGAGUCUUCACAUUGAACAAAAGGAGUGUAUUUAUUUAGGGGUGGGAAUCACCAGUGGCCCCACGAUACGAUAUUAUCACAAUACUUGGGCCACAAUACAAUAUUAUUGCGAUUUUUAACAUUUUGCAAUACAGUGAGUAUUGCAAAACAAUAUAUUGCAAUUUAUAAAAUUUUUCAGCUGUUUAGCUAAUUUAGCAUUCGGCUUUACUGUAUGUUUAUCUUAUUUACGCUGUAAUUUAUUUUCAUGUAGCACAUCUUGCAAACCUUUUAUGUAUUUGUUGUUCUUUCUCCUGCUCUAUAAUGUCACCUCUGCCAACCUCACUAGACAAACAGUUGAUUUUAUUUUUCCAUUAUCAUAGAUUUUAAUUCAUAUUAGCAAUUAAUUUGAAAAAUCGAAACUUGGUAAAUGAGACGAUACGAUAUAUCACCAGACAAAAUAUCGCGAUUCUAUGCGGAAUCGAUUUUUUUUCCCCCACUCCUAGUAUUUAUUGGUAUAUGGUUGUCUGCAACCUAUCAAAAGAUAUUGGCACAACAGUAAAAGUUUAAUGCUGUGCAUGCCUAGUGAGGACCUAGCAUCAGCUGAGUGUGUCACGUUGGCCAUUAAACCAGUGGUUUAUCUGUGAUUAUAAAAGAAGAUGGAUGGAGUGAUGACUGUGUGUUUUGAGAAGAGACAGUGUUUACAAGGCAUCAGCGCCCCUUUGCUGACUGAGGACCCAUUGUCCUGUUACGGGACCAUGCUGUCCUGGACACUGACUCCUAGAUAGCAUCCGAUUGGAGCAUGACUCACACCCUCCACUGAGCAGCUGUGUGUGUGUUUGGCGUUAAAUAAACAGGCAUCUGUUGACUCGUGUCAAUCCAUUGAGCCUAAAUAAAGCACCAGAUUGUGUUAGCAGAAGUCAGCUCUUCCCACUCAUGUGGCAUAGUUGUUACUUCACAUCUGGGUAAACUGUAUCCUGUACCCCUUAAAAGGAUGGUGUGACCUUCUGCAACAGGAGUUGAAAUAGCAGGCUGGUAACUGGGAACCAUUAAGUGUUGCUUUGAACCCUGCUUGCAUUUGCAUGUUAACUUCUUGGACGCCGUUUUUUUAGAUGAUCGGCUAUUCCUUAUAAGGGCACAUUUGCAAAGACUUCUCACCUCCCUGGUGGGAUUUUAUUGCUGUUUUUUCCCUCCCCAAUGCUCACUGGUAACUGGUCUGUAACUCUACAAACAAUAAGCGCCUUGUGUCAACGCUGUAUGAGAGUUUCUCCAGAAGCCCUUUUGUGAAUGUCACACCCGAAUAUUGGCACUCUGGAAAGUGAUAGGAGAUAACAACAGCACAGCCGUCAUUAACCCCUUCAAAGUAGCGAAGUACCAGGAGCUUAAUUUAUUUCAAAAUCUAGUUUUCUUCUCUUGAAUUAGUCUCAGGUGCUGCUUGAAAAUGGUUAUACGUUCAUUUAUUGCCUUUCAGAGCACCUUAGUUGGGAACAACUAAGUGAAAUGUUGAAGAGAAACGUCCCAAAAGUGAAGCAGUUAAGAAAGUGGAAAUAGAGAUCAACAGCAUCAUCAGGUAAACUAAACAAAGCACCCUCUCGGUGGAAGUUACAGGACAUUUCUGGAAUAGUUUCUUCCUCCUCCCCAAAUGCCCAACCCAACCAGUUACUCCACAGAGGGGCCCAGGAAAAGGGGAAAGGGAUAAAGAAGGAAGAAUCCCAAGAAUCAACACAGAAUCCAAAGCUCCUCUCAAAGCAUCUAUUACCACUUGUUGCAUGUUGUGUCCAUUAGCAUUACUGUAGUCCCUACUUCGCUCACUGUUUCCUGUAAAACCUCUUUAGCUGUCUUUCUCUGUAGCAGAACUGUGCCGUCAGUGCGGUCUUUGACAAAGCAGGAGUCUGCUCUGCUUCAGAGGGUGAGGCUCAGCUUCCAAGAAGAGACUAAAAGAGAACGAAGAGUGUGAAAUGUCUUCCUCAGCUGCUGUGACCUUCUUCUAGGCCACUUGAGAGACAGAACUAAAGAUGAACCCAGAUUUAAAUCAGCUUGUUAUGGCGAAGCUCAGAAAACAUCAUUUUAUUUAACAAAUAGCAGUACUUCAGUUGAGAGCUAGUGUCAGAUAGUCUACCUGCAAAUAGGAAAUCCUCUCCAUGCUGUCUGUUCUUCUCUUUCCAUGUCAUAUGUGUCUGGCUAUUGCCAUGGGAACUGUUGCCGUGGUGCACUACCACCCUUGAUCCAGAUGGUUUCUUUGUAGUUGUAGUGCUGUGUGAAAAAUAGAAGUUUUUCAGCAGCUGUUUCUUGUCUAACCAGGUGACAGUCAUAAUACCUGCAAAUUUAAUUUACCUAAGCUCUGUUUUAGAAUUUAAUCAAGUUUAUCUAAAGGGGGGCCUCGAUUUGAAGAACAAAAGCAGUUUUCUAAUCUAAGCUUUUCAGAUCUUGAAUGUGUGGGGGGGUGGGGGGUUAAGCAGGGGAGGGCACAGUACAAUGAGAGCCAGCAGGCAGAUCAAACGGAGCCAUCCUACUGGGCAUCGCACAGAGGACAACAGCAGCCAGGCUGUCCACACCAGCAUGAAUCUGCUGGACUCUCUGAGUGCUUGAGAACAAAGUCCACUAUUCAAGGCAGUUCUGAUAUCAAGAAUAUACUUGAAAGGUGAUUGUUAAGCUAUAACUGAUUUGACCAAACCUGACAGAAUGUAAAAAGAUGCAUCUCUUUGUCCUCUGUAUUAUUAGGAGGCACACUCUGCAUGUCUAAACAGAUACCAAGGACAGAAUGCUGCUUUGAGUGGUAAGAGAAGAGUGAGUUAGAACAGGAGAGGCAGUCAAAGCUGAAAAAGGUUUAACAGAGACCCUUCAAAAGUAAAAUGCUGAAUGAAAUGCUGUUUUCCAGAGACACUGGGGAUACUCGACCUUCAUGCUUGACCGUGUGAAAAACAAUAAGAGGCAGUCUCUUUAAGCCUUUAUGUCUGGAAAAUGGUGUAUCUCAACAGACUCACUCUCAGAGCUACAAAGCCCUGCUUUAAGUUGUGAUUAAGAUUUUUCUUUGGAAAUGUCUUUAAAGUAAAAAUCUUUAUUUUAAAAGGAGUCCAUGUGGACCAAACUGAUUUGUCUUUCAUAGUGAUGACUCUCAGUUUUGCUAGGAAGUGGUUGGAAUAGAAGUUUGUCUCUCUUGGAGCAGGGCCCGAGUUGGCGUAUCUGAUUUCAUUAAGAUGUUGCAGCAAGCUCCGUUGAAUAAAGAUUCUAAAUCCAAAUCACAUUUUUGUCCUUUGCUUCACUUUCCACAAGCCAUAAAAGGCAAAGAUUUGAUCUGAACACAGUGAAGGGUAAUUUAGGUUUAGACAGAGAGUGCUUGAUAAAGAUAGAUGAUGUUGGAAAAAUAGAUCACAGAACCCCACUCUGUGCAUUUCUGUCACGCACCUUUGGUGUAAAAUCCAUUACCUUUUCCCAGCCUCCAUGGAGUGUCCAAUCGUUUUGUUGUUAAAUCUCUGAAACUCAUUCUAAAACUCAUCCUGUUGUACGUCCGCUACUUAUGAAUGGGUUUUAAUUUGCCAGGCACAUCACUGACACCCCACCCCUGCUGCCAUCUUCAUAUGUGUUUGUGCAGUGUAGACCAAGAGGCCUGGCUAUUCUUGAUCGCACCAGAAGUCUCCUCUACAGCACUUGUACAGGGCGAGUGUGCCAAAGCUUUAAAAUCAAGGAUAUCUGCUCUUUACUCUUUCCUUCCUUCUUGAGCCUUUUUUGAGGAGGGCAGCAUAAAAGAGUCCUUGUCUGAAAUGGUCCCUCUGUGGCUGGGUGCAGUAAACUGCUCUAGUUCAUAAAUUGUGUAACAAAGAUGUGAUCUCUAUCAUGACUGUCUAGACCAUUUUGGAUUUGCUCUUAUCUUGGGGCCAAGAGCUAUCAGUCGAAGACACCCAUUACAGACCCUUUAAAGAUUUAGUGUUUUAUGCUUGCAACCAUUACAUCUGAAACAGUUCCACCUUUGCUUACUGGACCCCAUAAGAUAAAAACAGGUGGCAUCAUUUGCUCACUCAGUCUUCAGGUAUGGGGCCUAGAGUAUAUUGUUUCUAGUUAAAGUGUUUACUAUUCUAACCUAUAUUUAUUUCUUUGUCUAAGGCGGGGAGUGAUGGGGAAAGCAUUGGGAAUUGUCCCUUCUCCCAGAGGCUCUUCAUGAUCCUUUGGCUCAAAGGAGUUGUCUUCAAUGUCACCACAGUGGACUUAAAAAGGUGGGUCCUUUUCUCAUUAUUAUUAUUAUUAUUAUUAUUAUUAUUAUUUUGUAAUCUCAUCCUCCUUCUCUUUAGUUUUGGCUUCAUAAUAGGGCUGGGCGAUAAACCGUAAAUUUACCAAUACCAAAAUUUACGACAAUAACCGACAGCAAUAAAUUUGGUGCCAAAAAAAAUGAAAUAAAAGUUGGUUUCAGAUGUGUGUAGGUAGGCUAUAAUCUCAUGUCUCUUUUAAGAUGCUGUCCUACGUCAGAGACGUGACUCCACCCCAUCUAGUCUGUAACAAAGAGGGAAAGACAAGUGAGGAGAUGGAGGAUGGUUCAAAAGUUGUUGUGGCUGGAGCGGCGGCUGAAGUAGACAAAGUUAAUGUGGUAGGGGGUGAGCAGCUUGUGGAGUAGUUAUCGUCUAUUUAUUGUUAUCGAGGUGAACUUCUCAAUAUAACGUGAAAUUGAUUUGAGGCCGUAUCGCCCAGCCCUACUAUAUAACCAGUAUAUGAAAAGAUAUUCGUCUUCUUUUCCUCUUCUGUGUUUUCAUAUAACCUUCUGAGGUGGUUUGAUCCAACACCACCUCAAAUGUGCUCAUUGCUUCCCUGCUGCUUAUUUGGUUUUCCCAUGACCCUUUCCCAGGCUGUAGAAGAUUAGAGUCAAAUAAACAUCCAGACUUUGGAGGCUAUUUAAGGUUCUUCACUUGCUUACUUCCUGCUUAAAUCUUAGUGGGGAACAUGUUAUUUUUCAGCCCUGGGAUCAGAAAAACUCACUACCCUCUACAAUUUUCAAUGCACCAUAACUUUUUCCUCCCAGCUGCAGAAGCCAACUUGCCUUUCACAUGUGGACACCAGAAGCACUUUACCAAACCCACUAUGUUUUCUGCGUGUAUGAUUCAUCUAAAUGCCCUUCUAAUGUUUUUUCCACUAAUACAGCUCAUGCACAUUCCAGGUUAUUUUCAGGUUUGGUCAGUAACUUGUUUUUUAUAUGGUCAUCCUCAUCAUGUGUCUGUGAUUUUGAGUUGUUAGAUUAGAGCCUUCUCCUCUGAAGACCACCGCUAGUUCUGAAAAUAUGAUCUGGAUUGAACAAAUGUGGCAUUUUAAACCGCUAAAAAGAAGAAAGCAGCCUGUGUUGGAGUAGACAUUUGCUUUUACCUCUGCGAGCACAUUAAAAGUUAGGGCGGGCGUGGUCUGGGGUAUAUUUGCAUGGAUUGUGUAUUUGCAUUUCCCUGGCAGAGGCCCUUUGACUUAAAACAGUGCUUGCUGAUAUCCUGUAAAAGGCAAUGGAGGAUGUCCGCCCACUUGGAACUGUUUACCCCUCGUCUCUUCGUUCAGCCCUCUGUUUUUUUCUUUCUACAGUAAAAGGGGGUUCAGACUUUGGAGUUUCUCAUUCUAACUAGUGUCUGUAGUCUCAUGUGAACAUAAAGAGCAACUGUGCAUUACAGUAUAAGGCGUGUGUUUGCUAUAUUUAUGGCUCUUUUAUGGUUGUAUUGAAAUAGGAGAACACGUGCCUGUCAUAAGACAUGGAAAUAACACCCCUGCCUUAAGUUGUUGUAAAGAUCACUGAGCCUCUCUUAGGUCAGGGCUUUUGUUUUAGUCCUUAUUUUUUGAAAGUCAGUGAUUCUCAAGGCAAAAUGCUAUCUCCUCCAUGAUGUCACUGAAUGAGGGUGCCACUUCCCUUUUGCAUGCCAGAGAGUUGAAGUUAUUUCCUGUUUUAUGCGCCCUCAGAUGCCUUGUCCCAAACUUCUGAUUCAGCUGGACUAAGAGAGUCUCUGUGACCGCUGUUUAUAGCAAUGAGUGAAUUUAUGCUGUCUGCUGGUUUGUUAAGAUGCUGCUGUGUUGACUGGAUAUCAACUGUCUACAGAUUUAUUAAGUUCACACUUCUCAUCAAGCACAUGCUCAUUUUUGUUUUAAUGUGUCAGUGGCAUCUGCCUGUAAGAGACAUCUGGUACAAAAUGUGCUGGUUUGGAGGCCAUGCUGAGAAACAAAACACCGAAGCAUGCUCAUGGAGACAAACACUUUGUUAAAGAGAGAGAGCAUUGUCUUUGUUAUUCUUGUUCAUAGUACUUUUAUGUUAUACUUGAAUGUGGUGCUACAUAAGUUUUAUUUUCAUACAUCUAUACCCAUUGAUUAUAAAAACAUUGCACACUUGUUUGACUCAGUUUUGUUUUCUUCGGUGACUAAAGUGAAUCCACUUGUCUUUCAGGAAACCAGCAGAUCUCCAGAACCUGGCCCCAGGCACACACCCACCCUUCAUCACCUUUAAUGGGGAAGUCAAAACUGAUGUCAACAAGAUUGAGGAGUUCCUUGAAGAUGUCCUCUGCCCACCUAAGUAAGUGCUUAUAGUUUUUACGGCAAAGUUAAUGAGCACAUGUUGAUAGGUAGUGGCCUUAUACGGGUUUCUGUUGCUAUAAAUUGUUUAAGAAUUGCAUUGUUGUAUAAUUUUUUUACUGUUAAGAAACACCUCCAAGACCAAAAACAAACACCUGUCACUCUAUAAGUUAAAAACGUAAUAGUUAUAUAACAUGAAGUGUAUAAACAAACACGUGAAAUAGUUAUAGAAUACAGAAGUGAAAGGUGGGUUUAUGUUGGUCUAUGAACAUUGAGAGAUAAACUGUAGACUCUGAAGUUACUGUUUCACCCACCUUUAUUUACAUAAAGUAUCUGUUGUGUUGUCUUUGUUCUCACCUGCAGGUUUAUCAAACUUGGUGCAAGACACCCUGAGUCAAACACAGCUGGUAUGGACAUCUUUGCCAAGUUUUCAGCAUUCAUCAAGAACUCCAAACCAGAAGGAAAUGAGGGUAAUUACAUUUAUCUGUCUUUAAUAUAAACACACACACGACUGGACACACAAGUUAUGAACCUAGAGACCUUUCUAGUUGUUUAAGCGAAGUUCUCCGGUUGCUCAGGGACAUUGUAAGCCCUGUCCUGAUUGGUACAUUACAGCCACAGUGAGUCACACAGAGCUUUUGUUCAGCUGCUAUUCCUGCCUUCAUGCUCACCGUCUCACCUGGUGGAGCUCUCCAAAAAUACAGAGCAGCUAAAUCAGGGAACAGACAAGUGCUUUGUUUCUUACCUUUAUGGUUUUAAACUUUGUUGUGUUGACCCGUCUCUAAAAAGGUCAGCGAAGGGUCCACAGCUUUGAUUUAUAGUACAAAGAAUGUGUUGACUUUUAUUCAAUUUCAGUUGUAGAACUUGCACAACUGAUUUUACAGAGAAAAGUGUAUAAUACUUUAAAAAUACCAAGACUUUGCAUCAUGUUUUGGUUGGCUGUUCUCCACCCUGGGAAAAUAUUGAACCAUGGUGAGCUGGAUGUGAAAGCCAAGGCUGUGUCAACAAUCUGAGGCUGAAUGAUAAGUGUUCUCCAAAGUCCCAGCAAAAUCUAUAAUGAAACAACCAAAUCAAGUUUUCAGGACAUUCAGGUCAUAUUUUACUACAAUAGAAGGAGAGGUUUAUGAAUAAUCUCCUAAUAGAUAAGGGAAAUGUGUCUUAUUUACAUUCCACCACUAUACUCCACUGAAAUGUGUUGUUGUUUUAUGAGCUUUUAAAUAUGGUAUUUAAGCAGUGUGUUAAACUCAAUGUAUUUAUGUAUAUUGUUAAAAUGAUAGAUUAAUUUAAAAUAGUUUGUAUUAGAUUUUCUUGUCUUUUAAAUGGAAGUUUCCAGCUCAAAUGCUGCACACACGGCUGGAUUUUGGUCAAUUGCUGCCCUCAUGUGGUUGAUCAUCAUACUAGUUUAGUGAAGCUGCAUAGGAUGACCCCAGAAAAGCCAUGAUUCAAUAUAGUUGUGAGCAAAUAAUAAGUAUACAUUGAAUAUGUUGUUAGACUUGCAUUAAAACAGUUUCUAAAGAAGUAUGUCCUGUGUCUUUUUGCAGCUCUGGAGCGUGGACUUCUCAAGACACUGCAAAAACUGGACGAGUAUCUGCGUUCACCACUGCCUGAUGAGAUCGACCACAACAGCAUGGAGGAUGUCAAGGUGUCCAACCGCAACUUCCUGGAUGGUGACGAAAUGACCCUGGCUGACUGUAACCUGCUGCCAAAGUUACACAUAGUCAAGGUGAGACACGAGACUUCAUCUCUGUGGGGAACCACAACAUGUGACGAAAUUUACUCAAAAAUCCAUUUUUUUUGUCAUUGAUUUUCUGUUAAUGGACUAACUUAUAAAUGUGAAGUACAUGGCUGUCAAUGAAUAUUCUAAAUUCAAAUAUAUUAAAAAAAUAGAUUCAAAUGUGAAAAUUAAUAUUCAAAUAUUAAAUAAACAGCAAGAGAAAAAAAAUAGAGUAGGGAGAAAAAAAGAAAAAACAACGGACUGCUUUGCGAGUGAGUGCACUGUAACGACAGGUCAGGGACAGGUCACAGGAGCUGCACCUGCAGUGAGACUCGACAAAAACCGUCCUUGGCACAUGCAAAGAGAGAUGUCGGGUUGUUUGGAGCCAAACUCGGAGAGAAUGGUCUGGACUCCAACGAACUUUAGAUGCUCUGUUUAGAAAUUCUUCGGAUUUUGGGCAGACACGGUAGACGGAAAGAAUGCUGAGCAAGAUAAAGUUAUAUGCAAGCUGUGUAAGCUAGAUAUUCGAAUAUGUUGUUAUUUGUUAUUGUUGUUAUGUGUUACUUUUCAGAACGAAUAUUCAAACGUAAUUUUAGAGCAAUUUUGACAGCCCUAGUGAAGUACAAGUGUGUCUUACUGUACCCAUAGUAUGCAGUUUAACCUGUGGCCCUGUGAGAAAGAACAUCACUCAGAUUUGGUUAAUCGUUCAACCCUCCUCCUCCUCCUCCAGGUUGUGGCCAAGAAGUACAGAGGCUUUGACAUCCCCAAAGAGAUGACUGCAGUCUGGAAGUACCUCAACAACGCCUACACACGCGAGGAGUUCACCAACACAUGCCCCAGUGACAAAGAAAUUGAGAUUGCUUACGGGGAUGUAGCCAAGAGGCUGGUCAAAUGA